AAAUAUCGCUGCAGUCUAUGUCUGAGAAUGUUUUGCCUAGUUCUCUUCCAGGAGUUUUAUGGUGUCAUGUCUUAUUUAAGUCUUUAAGCCAUUUUGAAUUUAUUUUUGUGUAUGGUGUGAAGAGCUGAGUCUUAAUAAAGAGGCAGAAGCAUGCCCUGGAGUCAAGACUGGGAAGGAUAUUCUAGGCCAAAGAAAUGGCUGUGCGAAGGCAGGAGGCAUGGGGAAUGGGAUAUUUGUAACUACAACCAUACAACUUAUAUUACACAAAGAAUUUUUGAGACAAAACAGCUUUUGUACGCCGAGAAGUAUGCCCUGCAUCCAGCAAAACUGAAGUCUCAGCCAGGAAAACAUUCACAACAGCCAGGUGAGGAAUGCCACAACCUAAACUGUUCAGAUUUAGGAAAUGACCCGGCCCGUGCCCUCGCUGCUUCCUGUGAGGUCUUUCUUCCCCAACGACCUGGGGCGGCUCCAAGGCCACCUCAUACCCGUUUCUACCUCCCUAGCUCACCAUAGCCCCUAGGCUGGGAACAAAGGCGGACCAACCAAUUGCUACUCGGUGGGAUUUGGGGGAAAAGGCAAGGUCUAACCGCAGGUCAGGCGCCCCAAACAGGGCGUGGCGGUUGCCCUUGGCAUGCUGCAACCUCCCCGGUAGUUGAAGCACCCUUGUUACCACGCUCGCUGCAGGCGAGGCUGGGGUCUGCUCCCCGCUCAUUGGUCCGCAGAGAAGCACCUCUGAGGAACCCCUGUUGCCCAGGCGAGGACGAGAGCCCAUUGGUCGGGACACCUCACAAUGCCCCCCCCGCCCCCCACCCCCCACCCCCGCGCGUGCAGGGUUCUUCCCAUUGGUUCGCUGCCUGCCUCGGGAGCCCCCUGUGGCCUCCAACCAGGCAGCCUACUUGGCGCCCUGCAGCCAGUGCCCCCAAGCUGACCCUGCUCCCCAUUGGCUGCUUUGGGGGCCGCCGCCAUCUAAUGAGGAGGGAGGCGCAGAGUACCAGAGCACGCGCUCCCUGCGGCGGGAUCUAGCCCUGCAGCCUCGGGACCGGGCAGGGGCCGAAGCUGUGCAAAGGCCGAGAGACCGGCUUCUCUACGGAGGACACCCGUUCUCCCUCCGGACCUGGUCUGGGUCGCAACUCGGGCUUCCCGUCGCGGAGCUGUGCAUCUCCAAGUCUGCAACCCAAGCCGCGAGGCUCCAGUAAGUACGAAGCACCCACGCAGCGUGCGAACCAGCUCAGGGCGCACGGAGAGAGUGUCCCUGCUCCUGUGUAUCCAGUGUGCGUCUCCAUUUACUUAUCCCCUUAAUCGUUUAUCCACCCAUCGUUUAUCGGUUCGUUUAUUUGGCAUUCUGGGUGCACUUGCUGCGCUGCUUGUCCACAUCCUUCUCUCCGACGGGUGUUGGGAAAUCCUGUGCCCUGAAGAAUUCGGACUGAGAUCCGAACGGAAGAGUGGUGUAGACGAGGGUGCAACCCCGGAGCGACCAUGUUCUACUAUCCCAGCGUGCUUCAGCGCCACACCGGCUGCUUCGCCACCAUCUGGCUGGCGGCAACGCGCGGCACCCGGUUGGUGAAGCGUGAAUACCUGAAGGUGAACGUGGUGAAGACCUGCGAGGAAAUCCUCAAUUACGUGCUGGUACGAGUCCAGCCCCCGCUGCCAGGCCUGCCGCGGCCCCGCUUCUCCCUUUAUCUCUCAGCCCAGCUCCAGAUCGGCGUCAUUCGGGUCUACUCUCAACAAUGCCAGUACCUUGUAGAGGACAUCCAGCACAUCCUGGAGCGCCUGCACCGGGCCCAGCUGCGGAUCCGCAUUGAUAUGGUGGAGACUGAACUACCCAGCCUGCUGCUGCCUAAUCACCUGGUCAGGAUGGAGGCUCUGGAAGAUGCUCCAGACCCCUUUUUUGGGAUGAUGUCUGUGGAGCCCAUACUGCCCAGUCCCUUCAAAAUCCCUCAGAUUCAACACCUCCUAGAGGCUGUGACCCCAGAGAGAGUUCUUGAAGAGAUCCCUCCUGAAGUUCCUAUAGAGCCAGAAAGGAUUCUGGUCACUGCACCGUCUCCCGAGGCCAUCACGCUCCUGGAGGUGGAGCCCAUACGUAUGCUAAAGAUUGAGGGUGAACGGGACCUCCCAGAGAUCAGCCGCCGAGACUUGGACCUGCUGAUCGCAGAGGAGGAGGAAGCCAUCUUGUUAGAGGAACGUCGGCUAGGCAGGUCCAUGUGGCCGCGUAGGGCCCGCCCGAUGCUGGAUGAGUACGAAGAGGAGCUCCGGGCCCCAGAGAGGGAGGUCACAAUCCCCCCGCCCUCACCUCUAGCUCUUCCAGAGGUGGAGGAGGCUGCAGAGCCACUUCCGCUGAAGCCACCAGCCUGGGAGCCUGAGGCCCUACUUCCUGAGGUAACCCCCCCGCUGGAGCUGCGUCUGCCAGCCCCACCCAGCCCAGAGCGGAGGAGGCCCCCAGUCUCCCCACCUCCCAGGGUCCCACCUGCCCGCCGCCGCCGCUUAUUAUUCUGGGACCGGGAGACCCAGAUACCCCGGAAAGAAUUCCUGGAACAAAUGCAAACCAGAGCCCACUGCCGGGAGUGUCCAAUGGUGCAGCCUCCUGAGAGGAUGAUCACGAGCCCUGCAGAGCUGUUCCGAACCCCGACUCACUCUGGCCGGCUACCCCAAGAACUGCUGGCUUUCUGGACCCACUGUGCCCAGCCACUCCCACUAGCACUCAGGAGAAGGCCACCCCUGGCGCCUGAGGAAGAGGAAGCUGAGAGGGAGGCGGCAGCUGAGGAGGAAAGGAGAAAGGCUGAAACUCCAAGCGAUAUCGAGGUCCUGAGGGAGGCCCUGGAGCCCAGUGUGCCCCUCAUGCUGCCUUCAGAGAUCUCCCUAGAAGCGGCUGAGGAGGAGAAGGCCCGCAUCAGCCUCGUGCCCCCGGAAGAACGGUGGGUCUGGGCUGAGGAGCCAGAAGCCCCUGCAUUGCCCGUGGUGCCUGAGCUCCCUGAGGUGCCUGUGGAGAUGCCUGUGGAGCUGCCCCCAGAGCCUGAGCCGCUCUCGCUGGAGGCUGUGCACAGGGCAGUGGCACGGGAGCUGCAGGCCAAGAGGGAGCCUGACUUCAGCAGCCUGGUGCCACCUCUCAGUCCCCGUAAGGUGGCCGCCCGGGUCUUCUACCUGCUCCUGGUGCUUGCUGCACAGCAGAUCCUUUGUGUGAAACAAGAGGAGCCAUAUGGGCGCCUCCUGAUCCAGCCAGGGCCCCGAUUCCACUGCGGUUAGAGCCAAUUUACAAAGCUGCCAGGGAACCAGCUAUGGUAAACGGUGUCCUGCCUCACUUCUGAACACGGGUCUCUAUCCUUCCUGCUCCCAGCGCUACUGUUCAAGAAGAAAAUAAACUGCCUUUAUUACA